AUUUUAUCGUGUUGAUUCUUUGUAACUCUCUAUAUUUGUCGCUCUAUUAAUCACGGCACUGCUCAGCUCUUGUGAUUUUACAACUAGCUUGUUUUUUAGCGACAUUUUUCGGUUUGCAGCUAUUCUUGACCUUACUUACAGUCCUUUGCUUGACCUGCCCACUACGUCUCAUCGUUAUGUAUGCCUGUGCUAAGUUCGUCUCCACGCCCUCUCUGGUCCGUGCUGGAUCCCGGGCACUGUUCAGACCACUCUCGGUAGUCUCAGAUGGCAGGAAAGCCGAGACUGCUUCACUCCUGGCACCACAGAGCAUUGCAGCCUCCCAGCAGCAGGUGGCGGUGCGGGCGUUCCAGACCAGUGCUGUGAGCCGUGACAUCGACACUGCUGCAAAGUUCAUUGGAGCAGGAGCUGCCACUGUGGGAGUGGCUGGAUCUGGAGCUGGAAUUGGAACUGUGUUCGGUAGCCUCAUUAUCGGAUAUGCCAGGAACCCCUCUCUGAAGCAGCAGCUGUUCUCGUACGCCAUCUUGGGCUUCGCUCUAUCUGAAGCUAUGGGUCUUUUCUGUCUGAUGGUUGCAUUCCUUAUUCUGUUUGCCAUGUAAACCAGUUAGGCAUUUGCUGUAAAGGGAUACAUCACAAUGUUAAUAAGAAUGAGCAUUUUGAGAUGCCCUUGAAUGGUGCGAUGAUGUCAACUUAUUGUGUUGCUCAUUCUUGUUCAUUGGUGUUUCUUAAGUUUGUGAACUCAUUGAUGUAAGAGACUCUGGCAAAUCCAAAUCAUUUGUUUACAUGGUUUUGUAAACAUUGGUUUUACAAUUGUAUUGUAUAUUUAAUCAAAUGUUUUUUGUUAAACAUUAAACCAACAACGGAAGUAAAAUGUUUAAUUCAU